AGCAUCCAGAAUUUUCCCCCGGUUUCGUUGGCAAUCGCGUUUCGGCGCAGCUGCGGCGGUUUGUUACGGUGUAGUACCAUGAGCUUGGAGAGAAAAUAGGAUGGAGAAGGGAACGAAGGGAAAAUGAGAGAGCGACCGAGAGAGAUGAGAGAGGAGAGUCCAUGGUACGUAUGCACGUGGACUGCUAUAGUGCUACACUGCGGUGGGAUCGAUUCGGCCGGGGGUGGAACUCCACCCUCCACCCCCAUUUACAAGCCCCAAUAUACACCCCCGCAGCUCUCAGCCUCGCGAAAUAUCCGUAGGUUAGUUCGUCUCUACGCCUCCUCUUCUUUCCUCCUCAGCUCCGUCUUGUUACUUUUCCCUUCAGACUUCUACUUAAGACUUAUCAUUAGGCAUCCUCUCUAUUAUGGAACUUGAGCUGUAUAAAACUUCGAACGCCUAUUAAUUAUUUAUAUGAAAAUUUUGGAAUUCGAAAUUCGAAUAUUCAAAUUAGUGGAAUUUACGUUCCGUGCUUCCCAAUAGGGUAUCGAUUAGUUCGUUAAUUGCCUUGAAAAAUUCAAUCAAUGUCACUGAACGACGCGGUUCAUGGAUUCAUCAGAUUUUCAGUAUUAAUAGUGGUGGAAAGAAGUGUGUUUACAAGGGCCAACGGCGCGCGUUCACUCGCUCGCGUGUCUUCGAGAUGGAAGGAGAGAAGUCAGGGUGGGUGGUACAUUCCGCAGCUUCCAGGGAGGCCGGUGAGCGCAGGAGGCUGCAUUAUAUUCCGCUCCCUCGCUCUUAUUAUGCCAAAGCGACCUAUACCACUGCAUCCCCGGUGUGUGCCGUCGUAGACGCAUACAGAUACAUCCAGGGGGCACCUACCCGACUUCUCUCCGCUAACUCUUCUACCGAUUGCGUCGAACCGGCAACGACCGUACAGUGUUUCUGUAAACACGUGUUCGUUCUUGCAGAACCUAAGAAUUUUACUAUACGAAUAUCUGACGAAGAUACGAGAAAGGAUAUAAACGUUAGUCGGCGAUUCUUCAAUCAAGUAGAUACGUUUUUACAAUGGAUAUUGCGGUUCAGUAGUAUAACACAAUAAAUGGGUCGACGGAGGAGAUUCUGACAAACAGAUCCCUCAAAAACUCGGAUCCAAAUGUACACAGAAGUUCACUUACUUGAUUAACGAAUAAUCAGCGAUGAUAUUAACCUCGUGGAACAACUAUCGUGUGUAAUGUGCAUGGAAAUCGCCCCUACCAGCUCGGAACUGUUUUCGUAUCUUACGCUCAGCUCGUCGCCACGGGCUUGUCUCUCUCUCUUUCUCUUUCUCUCUCUGGUUCUGCGUGGUCGGUUCACUAUAUCCCAGCUCGUGUAUAGUAGUCACCGUGAUUGCUAUAGUGGUUCUGCACUGUGGUAUAGUGAUGCGCCAUGGUAGCCUGCGCAGAGAACGCCGCGGUGCCAGAACGCGGACCAGGGAGAGGGGCCGAGUGUAGGCGUCGAAGGGAGACAACGAGAUGAGAGCGAGCGAAGAUUCGAGGGAGACACAGAGAUACAGAAGCGGAGAAUUUGUGUAAGCUUCCUGCGAGAGGAGAGGAGAGUCGAAGAAAUAGUACUGAUCAGAAUGUGUUAAAGCGAGGGAGAAAUAACUUUGUGGAAUUUGAUUUAAAAUUAAAAUAAGUUGUAGCUAGAGUUUUUAUGAACAGAAACCGUGUUCAAAUCAAGCAGCACUUAACGCUAGUAGGACCUAAUCAAAAUAAUACAAUUGUACUUCAAAAACAAGAUGAUUAUGAAACAAAGUAAUGCGGUAUUUGAAGUAAUAUUUCAAAUAAUGUCAUUUGAAAAGUGCGCAGGAGUAGAAGGGACCAAGGUACGAGGUGAAAGAGUGUGCGAAGCAUAAAGGGGGUGUAUUCGUGUAGGUCGUGCUCAAAGUAGUAUUCGCGUGUAGGUGAAAGAACGAGGGAAACUGGAAGGGGUGGUUGAUGGCGGUGGAGGAAGAGGAGUAAAAGAGAAAAUGAGGGAGGAAGAGAGAAAACGUUUCGGACCUUUCUCAGAAAGCAGAAAGCACGACGGAGCAAUAUCGCAGCGUCUGCCGGUGUGUUGUAAACUGCUUUGAUCUCGUCUCUCUCUUACUCUCGUCUUCUUUUAAUACGUUCCCCUCUCGCUCUAGCUCUUUCUCCUCUGGCUUCUUCCACCCCUUUCGCUGGAGAGUUUAGAAAAGCCGAGGAAACUCGCGUUUCGGAUCUCUUUUUCAUGAAAAUUCCUAUCAAGUCCCGAUCAAACCUUGCGUCUCUUUUUCAGUAUGUCUUCUUCGCUCUUAUGAAAACCGAGGCUAAUGUCGAUUUCGCCCGUUAGAAUUAGAAUAAUGUAACUUCGGAUGAAUUUUUUAGAAGGGUGAACAAGUUAUCAAAAUUAUGGUCGUCGGAUCCUUAAUCCGGGUCGGGUGAAAUUGAAAUUUUGGAAGUUUAUAAACGCUAAUACUAUACGUGUAUAGUCAGCUGCGGAAGUAUAGCCCUGUCGUAAAUCAAAGCUGUUGAUAUUUCAUCGAAGCGAUCGAUAAGUUUUCCCGGUAUGUACCCGCUGGAAAAAUGGAGUCGGUCAUGAUCGAAGCGCCGUUUCUUUCGCGCGUGCACGCGUUCCUUUUUUUCCCUCAUACGCUUCCAUGAAAGUGCAGCAUCGAGCGCAUCCGCGAAGCUAACGGUACGCGAUGAAUUAUUUAAUCGUUAGACGUAAGUCGCGGCGAAGCAACGGGAACGAGAGUAACGUAAAUUGGGUCUCCUUUGGCCGUGGAAAGCGGCGUACGAUUGCCGCGUCGAUCUGUCCACGGUGGCACACGGUCGCACCUGUUCGUCGCCCGUGUACAAAGUCGAGCAAACAAACGCGACCGAGGAGGGGGAUCCCCAAAAUUUCGCGACGUGCCCGAGGAACGCGACCUUGAUACGCGAAAAUCAAAAUGCACAGGGGUCAGAGAAGAGAUCGAGCGAUUAUGUAACGAAAAAUUGUUUGCUCGUUUGUCGCGACUCGACGCCACGUGAAAUUUUAAUGGAGAUCAAUUGGAGCCGGAUCGCGCGUGUCAUCCUUUUAACUAUAUCAUCGACGGCAAUUUUUUAUUAUUUUUUUUUUCAAAAUACACAGCAAUACAAGAAGAAUGUUUGCAGGAAAGAAUGAAGAUAAAAUCGCGAAGUUUUCCUGGUGAAUUAAUGGCCGGGACACGCGAGAGUGUCUAUUGCUCGACAAUUUUUUUGUUUUUGUUUUUUAUAAAUAUUUUGUCGCGGUUAUGAAUGUGCUAUUACUUUUCUACGGGAAAGGAGGAGAAUGAUAAAGGGAAAAGGAGAGGAUCCAGGGUAGUCUGGUUGCCGUGUAGUAUAGUCUUCUACUUUUGCAGCGUAGCGACAAUUACGUCCGCGCGGAGCCGCGCAAGCGCCAGGCUCUCUCGUUCGUUGAACCGUCCAUGAGAGAGGGACGUUUGUGUGCGUGUGACAAAGAGACGGAAAAAUAUAAAUGUGAGAAACGAAGAAAGAGAGAGGGUUGAAUGUAUAAGAGAGAGAGCCGGAGAGAGACUGGUAGUAGACAAUACCCGCGUCAAUUUUACAAGCAACGCCACCUAUGCAAAACUUUCCACAUUUUAAAAUGCACAUUGCGUAUCGAAAGCAACGCCGAAGGAUAUCUUGUUUUCGUUUUCGUACGGUACGAAUUUCAUUGAAUUCCCUUUAUCUUUUCCAUCCGAAUGUAGGCUGAUCUCAUUCGUGAAAACUGUAAAUGAAUAACAUCAAUUAAUCGUCUGGAGAUGAAAUUAAUUGGUAUAAUUAUCGUUUGGAGUGUUCUGAUCCCCAGCGAAUUACGCCAAUGAAUACAUAUCGGUCUCCGUAUAAUAGAAAUAUAAUAAAAAGAAUGAAAGUAAGAGUGUCGAAAAUGAAAUAGAAUUUAUCGUUGUCCCAGUGACCCAUCGUCUAAGGUUUAAUGUCAAGCAUAAAAACGAUAUUGAGUAUGUCAUAUGGCAUUGGUCUGGUAUUCGGUCUCCCGGCAUCCGGUCUGGCGCGGAUUAAAACGGACAGAUUUUCAGCUUACAUGACUUUGUUUCUGGACCGUCGACACUUACAAUGCUAAUGUACCACGAAAGUCGAAUGGAAGGGUAAUGAUAAGAGCUGAUACAGUCACUUGGUGUACGUUCGCUUAUGUAACGACAGAAACCUGUUUGGUAUACAUCGCGAAUAUAUCGUCUGUAUAUAACAGUGGUUUUCAUGCUUUCCUCUUGUAUAUUGUCUCUUUGAAAAUUGGUCAAUCGUUGGGAUCGAUAACGCGUCGCGAUACUCCGCGAAGAUUUUCCUACUUCCUGUUUAUGAGCGAAGAAGCGAAGAUUGCUGGAAAUACUGAGGAAUUCUUCGGCAUAGUAAUCAUAGCUAGCUUCUCGACAGAGAAGAAAGAUCUCUAACCAGAGAGCAUAAGGAGGCUUAUUUAACCUGGGAGGCAGCGGUGAUUCGGUUCUACUUUCCCAAUGAAUAACUCCCUAGACAUGGAAAAACCCUAUGCCCCGAUUACGUUGAAAACUGUCCAUCUCAGUUGCUGUUCUCAUAACCGACUGAAAAUAGGAAAUAUAGACACAUUGUAGUCCGAUUUAGGAAAGUUAAUAAUAUCUUUGGUUAAUUGUGUUGAUGCGCGCGAGGGCGUUUAGUAGUACUAGUAGGCGUAGCCUGUGUACGAGAGUGUGCAGAAAAUAGAAUUACUCUAGAAAGGCCACGGAAUUUCACCGAUGGUAAUCAAUGAGUUGCCGUUUGGAAAGUUGCUUUCCCUCUACCAAUCAUCGACGUAGAAUUCAUUUUCACCGAUGCCAAAUAUCGCCCGAUAUCCUUUUUUGAAAAUAUUAAAUUUUUUGGAGAAAAGGUUGAAAAUAUGAGGUAAAGAUCGAUAUUCCAAGAACAUGGUGUCGAGUUUGCCUCCUGUUCGAUCGGUCCGAUGAGAACCACUGUGUUUCGUAGCAUCGUACACUGUAUUACAGAUUCACUAACACAGAGACCCAAGGCUUCUGUGUGUGUGUAUAAAGUACGCGUGUACCCUUCACUAACGUGGAGGAGAACCGAGGUGAGCCGAAGGUGACCGAAAGCGACGCCGAGCGGAAUCGUCAUCGAUGCGGCGUCGAGGUAGCUCCGCUCACUCUGCUCCGAGCUGUCGAACGCGACGCACGCGCCUCCGCUUCGCUUCGCUUAUUUUUCUCCAUCUCUGCGAGUAUACGCUCUCCACUUAGAAGCAUUUCCCUCGCUUUCUCGUCAUCGAGUAUCGUCGUCAAACAAGAGAAAGAGAGAGAGAGAGAAAGAGAGGCAGGCAUACCGGGUCUCGUCUCUCUAGGAUAUAUUCCAGUCAGUCAGUUUGCUCGUGAACGUUCAGCUCUGGUCUUGCUUCGAAGCCGAAGCGACUUUUCUUCUCGCGUUCGUUUUGGAUCUUUCAUCGAGAGAGGCUGCUCUCCUACGCUCUUCCUUCGGUCCCACGGCCGUUUUGUUCUUCAACCGUGUGCCCCUCGAGACGCAUCUCUCAGAACGUUCCAUGUUCAAUCUCGUUUAUCCGACUUCGAUCGUGGUUGGAUCGUUUUGGUGUCGGUCGAAGAACGAGUCGAUUCGAGUUCCACGAUUUUCAUUUUCAUCCUAAAGUCGAGAGAAAGAAGGCCUUUUUGUCUUGUACAGAAUACGGUUCGCUGGCAUCAUCCGAAGUAACCGUUCUUCUCUCGAUCAGUUGGACUGUUGUUUCUUUUUGGAUAGUUCGUAGCCCGUUGGAUAAAAAUUGGAUACCCUUUUCCUGGAACGAAGAAAGGGACUGACUCGCAGCCCCGGGGCAGUGAGGCGGGCAGGCGGACAUUGUUGAAUGCCGUAUAGCUCGAGAGCCGUGCCGGUCGUCCUCUAUGGAGGCGGCUGAUCGCUCGAUGGAUCUCAGGGACAGACGAGUUUGCGAGCAAAAUGGAGGCGGCUGGAGUUGCGAGACGACUUAAAUCGACCCUCUGCCGAGUUCGAACAUACGUCAGAGAGAUAUCGAGCCCCGUGUACGGAGGUUCGAAGGGAUUUGCGACAGGACAGAGUGGUGCGGAAGGUGGUGGAGGGGGCGAAAGAUCGUGCUACUCGAAGAUUGCACGCUCCAAAUGGAAUCGUCUUCGGUUGAGGAUCGUGUUUUCGAGGCCCAAAAAGGUUUCGCCGCGUCAGUAGUAGAGCCGGUCGCCAGGCCUGAGUCGAGAGCAUCUACAUUAACGGAGGAGGUUGAGUCGACGGGACUCGACGCGAACGUCGGGACCGCGGCUACGUCAGAAGAGAAGAAGGAGGAAGAUUGUGAUCGAUGCAAGAAUAGCCAAGAAAAGGUAGAAUCAUCCGAGACUCGGCUGGUAAAUCACGAGGUUUCAGGCGACUGUUCGACGGAAGAGGAUCAAUCGAAGCUGCUCGAUAUGGGGCUCAAGUUGGGAAAGCAAAAGAAGGAGGCUGGAGAGUCGAACGAAUCCGAGGAUAGUUCGUCGACGGUUCAGUGUCCCGAUGAACAGGGGGAGAACGAAGUGCCAGAAUUCGUAACCUCGUCGCCGGUAUGCAGGAAAAGACCAGCCACCGAUUUCCUGCCGAUCAACGCGGAAAUCAAGAGAAUAGGAAUGGAGGUGACGGAAAACGAGACGACUCAAGUGAGGAGCGACGUGAGGAGGAUUUCACCGGUGCUGGUUAGCCUUCGAGAACGUACUCUAGGCGAGAUAUCCUUGUCGUCGAGCUCGUGUCUCUUCGACGACGACACGAACGGUCGAUGUAUCUCGAGAAGCAGCAGAAUCCUCGACGAUUCGUUCACCGGUGUUUGUCGAUUGAACGAUAGUCUCAGCCUGGAGAACUCUGUUCAAGUUAACGACGAUCCUGUGACAACGGCAGAUUCUUCGAAGUCGGAGCACAGGGUCGACGGAACGGCGUCGGAAAAAGAUAAAUGUACAGAGAGCAAGGAGAAGAAAACGUUGGAGAAUCCGUUCAUCGACGAGGAUUCUUGUUAUUCGCUGCCUCGCGACAGUCCUGGCAGGGAUCUGAACUCGUGUCAGCAGCCGAAACAGUGCGAGGAGCCGAUCGAAUCGUCUCCCUACAAUGGUGCAUCAUCCUGCGAAAGGUCCGCUAACCCGAUCGACGGUUCCUCGUUUCCUAAUUUAAUCGUGUUAUUGGAACGCAUGGAUGCCCACAGUCCGAUGUUGAAAGAGCAGAAACGAACGAUCGUUAAGAAGAAGCCGAAAAGCACCACGUGCAAGGACGUUGAUAGCGCGGAGGCGAAGACUGAGCCGGAAGAUUCGUCCAAGGACUCGUGUUCGAUGCAGAGGCGCGUUCUCGAGAGGGGCGAUCAAUUGCUGGACUCUUCCGAGGUGCACUCGCCGAACAUCGUCCGCGAUAUGCCGUGUUCGCCUUCGAUAAACGGUAUGAAGCAAUGCAAGGUGAUCUUAGAGAAGUUGAUCUUGUCGCACCCGGUGGACAUGACCGAACAGAAGUUUUGUCCGGAAACAGAAGAGACAAAAGCCAAGGUGGUCGUUAAAGAGUUGGGCGAGGACGAGGAAAUGGUAUUUGCCUCGGCUCUGUCCGCCGGAAAAGAGAAUCCUCGGCCGGUGAACAAUUUGGAUUCGUCCGAGGCGACACCCAGCUCGCCGGAGGAGACUCUGGAACCAGCCACGGAGGUUCCAGAAGUCGUCGACACGGAAACCGAGACUGAGACCGGAUCCGAUAGCUCCGAAGUGUCGUCCAUGAACGCGCGGCUUCGUGGAUGCGACGACGACACGGUGUCCGACCAGAUAUCUUGCCCCGAGAGCGAAUCCAUGUGCUGUGUCGACAUCGGUCCGGAAAUUAUAACCAGGUUGGAAUCGGAAAGGCCGGAAGCGUUCACGGAAGACUCGGCGGAAAGCCUGGCUCUUGCCACCGGUGCUCGGGAUGAAGUUAGGUCGGAUGGAAGUGAUUCUGGUCUUGGAAGCGAGAUACCUGGAGAGUCUGGACCUGCACCGGCUCCGGAAAGCGAUUCGGAGACUUCGUUCUUGGACAGGAUACCCGAUGACAUUCUUUCCGAUAAAGAAAAAGUGGUGAAUCAAUUGGAGUCAAUCGGAGUGGGUGUACCCGGUACACCGCAGGCGCCGUUGGUGAACUUCCCGAGUCCACCGAAGAGCAAUUUGAAACGACGAUUAACAGAUUGCAUGGAAGGUGCUCCGAGUCCGAAGAAGAGUAACACCGAUGAGUCGAUGAAAAAGAAACGCAACAUUCAAUUCGAUGCCGUGACCGUGUACUACUUUCCUAGGGCACAGGGUUUUGCUUGCGUGCCUUCUCAGGGUGGCAGCACUCUUGGUAUGAGCGCGACGCAUACUCAUGCCGAACGGUUCUCGUUAUCGGAACACGCCGCCGAACAGAGGCGGAUUCAUCGCGCGAGGCUUGCACAAUUGCGCUCGGAGCGUGCUGCAAAUUGCGUGUCCGAGGCAGCCUCCAGCUCGGAGGAUCCGAGCGACGACACGGACGAGGAACAGAGCGAUAACGAGGAGUUGGACAUCGAUAGUUAUUACUUCCUGCAGCCAGUACCAACGUGGCAAAGACGAGCCUUGCUACGUGCCGCAGGAGUUCGUCGAAUAGACGCGAUCGAGAAGGACGAGUGUCGCGAUAUCAGAGCUAGCAGAGAACAUUGUGGUUGCGGAUGCAAAGGAUACUGCGAUCCGGAGAGUUGCCCUUGUAGCCGUGCCAACGUCAAGUGCCAGGUUGAUAGAGCCGGUUUCCCUUGUGGAUGUACUCGAGACGGUUGUGCGAAUAGUUCAGGGAGGAUUGAGUUUAAUCCGGUAAGAGUACGGACGCAUUUCAUCCACACGUUGAUGCGGUUAGAGUUGGAGAAAAAGCAUCGGGAAGAAGAGGAGGGUACGGAUCACGAUGUUUCCGACAAUCAGCACGGUAGAAGCCCGUUGAGGGAGAUUAACUUGGGAUCUGUAAUGGAGAAUAGGAACGCGGAAUCGUGUUUGAACGGGGGCGGUUUUACGACGUUGCACUAUGAGAAUCACGACGCGAGGGAUGCCGGGACAAAUUGCCAGCCAGACGUAACCGGCACAAGAGAGGAUAGCCUGGAUCUGUACGCUAUCAGAGACGAUUGUUAUCCAAGCGAAGACACUGUUGACGGUACGCAGGGACCUCAAAGGAAACUUCAUCCUGAAUUUAGUCAAGCUUUUCAAACGUUCUCGGGCCAAACCGGUGCCGGGGUUAAUUUUCAACAGCCUACUUAUCAGGAUUACCAGCCUUACGCUAACCUUCCUUCCACGUCUAGGGUGCAAUUUCAGCCACAAUUCCAAACGGUGCCAGGAAAUCCAGGGUUCUCACACUACUCGCCUUACGGACAAGACGCUGCAACAAUCCAGGGGAACUGCCAAGUCCAUCCAGGACAACAUUCAUCCGCCUACGAGACCAGCUUCGCCCAGGACGAAACAACCGGAUCACAAUACACGAAUCUGAACUCGGUGCAACCGAUGAACACAGUCGUCCAACAAAUGGGUAAAUUAGAACCGUUCUCGGAACUUUUGUCAGCUAGAUAUUCCUACUACGGUGAAAUGGAGCCCCAGACGCACGGUACUUAUCACGGGAACGGAACCAAGGUCGAGGUGGAAAAGAAUCAAGGUAACGAGCAACAAUCGGAAAGUACGGAAGAGUGCGACGAAAACUUUGGGGAAAUCAUUAAAAAGUCAAUGGUCGAGACUGUAUCUGCUUAAAGGUCAAACUGUUUGUAGAUAUGUCGAAAGAACGUCUAUCCGCGAGUCCGUCAAAGCAGUUUUUUGUUUUUUGUUUUUUUUUUACUCGUAUAGUGAUUUAUUACAAGAAAAAUAGUGUAAUUUCAGCGAGCUCAAAAGCUCCGUUGGAAAACCUCGCGGUGAAUAUAAAACAGGCAGAGGGGACUAUCCCGAGAUGAGGAAAAUAAGGAAGAAACUGGUACUUUGACCGGUUCUCCUUUAAGUUAGAUAAAUCCGAGUAAAUUGUUUAUGUGAUUUUCGAAAAGAACCGAAGGUUCUCCUCAAAAAUCACUCACGGUUUACUACGGCACGAGUUUACUACGUGUGCGUCCGCCCGGGAUGAAAGUUCGGGACGUCGUUCUUUUUCGUUUCAUGUUUACAUUGAUAAAGACGACGUUCUCGAACCAUGCGAAGAGAAUCCUGGGCCGCCGAUUCGGUGGAGGAUUUUCAGGGGCAGGUCUUCGUCGAAAAUCUUCAUGAACAGUCUCCUUGAAACGACAAGGAUUCUGUAACGGAGAGUUUCAGAAGAAAUUCAACGAGGUUGUGACCAAACAAAAAAAAAAAAAAAAAAAAAAAA